AGCCUAUCCCAGCGUGCAUUGGGUGAGAGCUAGGAAUACAUCCUGGACAGGCCGCCAAUCCAUCGUAGGUCACACACACACACCCAUACCUAUGGGCAAUGUAGAGUCUACCUGCCUUCUAGAAUAUAUUUGGACUGUGGAGGAAACCGGAGAACCGGACACGGGGAGAACCUGCAAACUCAGAAAGGUCCAGGACUUCUUGCUGUUAGGCGACAGUGCUGUCCACUGCACCACAGUGCGGCCCAUUUGCGGAAACCAGACUGACCGCAUUCUUCCACAAACCCAGAGUCUCCUGGCCAGAGGAACGUGAGCUAAACCGCCUGACCACCUGCUCCCUGCGCGGCGGCCAACGCAAACAGCAUCCACAGGAAGCAGCUUCAGCCUCAGUGGUUUGUAAGUGUUCGCUAUGAAGAUUGCUGUAAUUGGACAGAGUAUUUUUGGCCAGGAGGUCUACAGUGAACUGAGGAAGGAGGGGCAUACAAUUGUGGCCGUCUUCACAAUACCUGACAAGGAUGGCAAAGCUGAUCCAUUAGCCACGGCGGCAGAGAAGGAUGGCAUCCCCGUCUUCAAGUUCCCCCGCUGGCGUCUGAAGGGCAAAGCCAUCCCGGAGGUGUUGGACCAGUACAGGACGGUGGGCGCCGAGCUGAACGUCCUGCCCUUCUGCUCCCAAUUUAUCCCCAUGGAGGUCAUUGACUGUCCCAAGCACGGCUCCAUCAUCUACCACCCCUCCCUCCUCCCAAGGCACAGAGGGGCCUCCGCCAUCCACUGGACCCUGAUCCACGGCGAUAAGAAGGCUGGGUUCACCGUGUUCUGGGCCGACGAUGGGCUGGACACCGGCCCCAUCCUCCUGCAGAGGGAGUGUGAUGUGGAGCCGGACGACACCGUAAACACUAUCUACAACCGAUUCCUCUUUCCCGAGGGUGUGAAGGGCACGGUGGAGGCAGUGAGGCUCAUUGCUGCAGGGAAGGCGCCCAGGAUCAUCCAGCCAGAGGAGGGAGCCACUUACGAGGCAAUUCAGAAGAAAGAGAAUGCAAAGAUUGACUGGAACCAAACUGCUGAGGCCCUACACAACUGGAUCAGGGGGAACGACAAGGUGCCAGGUGCCUGGGCAGAGGUGGAUGGACAGAAGGUGACAUUCUAUGGCUCCACGCUGGUAGACAACGGCACCACGGCGAGCGGUCAGCCCCUGGAGAUCCCGGGCGCCAGUCAGCCCGGUCUGGUCUCUAAGGGGGGCCUGGUGCUGUUCGGCAACGACGGCAAGACGCUGCUGGUGAAGAACCUGCAGUUUGAGAAUGGGAAGAUGAUCCCUGCUGCACAGUACUUCCGGUCUGCAGAGAGUGCAGCUGUGGAACUUAACGAAGAGGAGAAGGCUUUCGCUGAGGAAAUGCGGGUGGUGUGGAAAAGCAUCCUGACUAAUGUGGAAGAGAUUGUGGACUCCACUGACUUCUUCAAAUCUGGUGCUGCCUCAAUGGAUGUUGUCAGGCUGGUGGAGGAGGUGAAGCUGAGGGCCAAUGAGGUCCAGCUGCAGAAUGAGGACGUGUACAUGGCCACCUCCUUCCAGGAGUUCAUCCAGAUGUGCGUGAGGAAGCUGCGUGGAGAGGACGGCGAGGAGGAGCUGGAAGUGGACUAUGUGGAGAGAAACGUGAACAAUAUGACAAUCCGCAUGCCCCACCAGCUCUUCAUCAAUGGGGAGUUUGUGGAUGCUGAGGGAGGCAAGACCUACAAAACCAUCAACCCCACUGACGGCCAGCCCAUCUGCGACGUGUCGCUGGCCCAGGUGGCGGACGUGGACCGGGCGGUAGCGGCAGCGAAGGAGGCGUUUGAGGAGGGAGAGUGGGGCAAGAUGAACCCCAGAGACAGGGGUAGGCUCAUAUACAGACUCGCUGAUCUCAUGGAGCAGCACCAGGAGGAGCUGGCCACCAUUGAGGCCAUCGACUCAGGAGCAGUGUACACACUGGCCCUGAAGACACACGUGGGCAUGUCCAUACAGACCUUCCGAUACUUUGCCGGCUGGUGCGACAAGAUUCAGGGCACGACCAUCCCCAUCAACCAGGCCCGGCCAAACCGCAACUUAACCUUCACCCGGAGAGAACCUAUUGGGGUCUGUGCGAUCGUGAUUCCCUGGAACUACCCACUUAUGAUGCUGGCUUGGAAAACAGCAGCCUGUCUGGCUGCAGGCAACACCGUGGUCCUCAAACCUGCCCAGGUGACUCCUCUGACAGCCGUGAAGUUUGCGGAACUGACAGCGAGGGCGGGCUUCCCCAAGGGCGUGGUCAACAUCCUGCCAGGAGCAGGGUCUCUGGUGGGACAGCGUCUGUCUGACCACCCUGACGUGCGCAAACUGGGCUUCACUGGCUCCACAGAGAUCGGCAAGCACAUCAUGAAGAGCUGUGCCGUGAGCAAUGUUAAGAAGGUUUCCCUGGAGCUGGGGGGAAAGUCCCCCCUCAUCAUCUUCAGUGACUGCGACAUGGACAAGGCUGUGCGCAUGGGUAUGAGCUCUGUCUUCUUCAACAAGGGAGAGAACUGCAUUGCGGCUGGGAGGCUCUUUGUGGAGGAACCGAUUCACGAACAGUUCGUUCAGAGAGUGGUGGAGGAGGUGAAGAAGAUGAAGAUAGGAGAUCCACUGGACCGGUCCACGGACCAUGGGCCACAGAACCACAAGGCACACCUGGACAAGCUUGUGGAGUACUGCCAGACAGGUGUAAAGGAAGGGGCCCGGCUGGUAUGUGGGGGCAAGCACAUAGCCCGUCCAGGUUUCUUUUUUGAGCCAACGGUGUUCACCGAUGUGACCGACAGCAUGUUCAUCGCUAAAGAGGAGUCCUUUGGCCCUGUCAUGAUCAUCUCCAAGUUCAAGGCUGGCGACGUGGACGAGGUUCUUAAGCGAGCCAACGCCACGGAGUUUGGCUUGGCGUCGGGCGUGUUCACCCGUGACAUCAGCAAGGCGCUGUACGUGAGCGAAAAGCUGCAGGCAGGCACCGUGUUUGUCAACACCUACAACAAGACGGACGUGGCCUCGCCCUUCGGCGGCUUCAAGCAGUCUGGGUUCGGCAAGGACUUGGGACAAGAAGCUCUGAAUGAGUACCUGAAGACCAAGGCUGUGACUAUCGAGUACUAACGUAGAGGGAAAAGACAUACCUCUCCCAUCUCUCGGGAAACACUGUUAAACAGACAACUUUGGGUUUCAGUCUUCUUUAUACAGUACAGGAUUUAAAAUCGAGAUGCGGCUGUUUAAUGUUAAUAUACUGCUCAGCUAUUGGCUGACGUGUACAUUUAGGUAGUAUAAGAGACACGGAUUGGCGGCAUCCAAGAAAGUAUUUGAUUGUGCAGUUAGUUGUAAUUGUUAGUGACCUGUCAAGCCACUGCACUCGCACUGUCCUUUUUUUCUUUUCUUUUUUUUUUUGAUAGUUUUGAUUGUAAGUAUGCUUUAUUUUUUUAACAAUAUAAAGAGCUGACUUUCAGUUUCAUUGAAAACAAGUUAUGAGGUGCUGAUGUUGUGUGUAUGGAAAUGUCAGUGUAACAAAUACACUGCAAUGGAAAUGAUUAUUGUCAAAUAGGUCCUUCACAUGAUUAAAUCAGUUUAAAAUGA